UACUCAUAUGUUGUUUACCUCAUCUUAAUUCGUCGGCCCUUUGGUACAGUUGUCAUGUCAGAGACCAUUACAGUUCUUUUCCCAUCAUUUGUCUAGCGUCCUCCACAAAACAGAUCUGGACCGGAUAUUAGCAAACACUCCGUGCGUCGUCUAACCUGAAUGUGUACAUUUUUCCUCAAAUUUUCCUGUAUAGCUUAUAAAUGAAGAGUUGUUAACCCCAUUCAAUCAAUGAAUAACGUUGGAAUCAACUGUCACUUCUUUUCAAUGUGGUUGGAGACAGUAUGUACAGUCGGCUUUUUCUCCUGUAGUUGUGAAGGAGUAAGGUGUUUUUUCAUUCACCUUGAGAGACAUGUCUGAAAGAGAUGAUGGUGGUAUUGAAUGGUUGGCUGAGCUACUUCAAGAUGUUCAGCUGGAACAAUUCUUUUCUCGGCUUCGAGAUGACCUUCAGGUCACACGCCUUCAACACUUUGACCAUGUGGAGCCUGGAGAUUUGGAGAAAAUUGGAAUGGGUAAACCAGCUGUGCGUAGAUUGUUGGAGGCUGUUAAGAAAAGAAAGCAGCCUCAUUGGAAGCGUAAUAUUCUGACCAAGCUUAUUCCUGCUGGUGGAAAGCAACAAGGAACAAGCUCUAGAAAAACAGUAUCAAGUGAAACCUCUGUUGGAGCCCUUACAUGUCUGAUACAUGAGAAGGAUGUUGCACUUGGUGAUAAACUUGGUGAUGGAUCCUUUGGUGUGGUGCGACGUGGAGACUGGACAACUGCUGAUGGUAGACUUGUUCAUGUUGCUGUAAAAGUUUUAAAGCAAGAUGCCUUAAACCAACCUGGCGUUUUUGAGGAUUUUGUAAAAGAAGUUCAGGCAAUGCACCAGUUGGACCAGCCUAAUCUUGUGAGGUUAUAUGGUGUUGUACUCUCCCACCCAAUGAUGAUGAUAACGGAACUAGCACCUCUUGGAAGUCUUCUAGAUUAUUUACGUAAACAGUGUGAGCACAUGCCUAUAACAACGCUCUGGAAUUAUGCUCUUCAAGUUGCCACUGGAAUGGCUUAUCUAGAAACAAAGCGCUAUGUUCAUAGAGACCUUGCUUGCCGCAAUGUGUUUCUUGCUGCAGUUGACAAGAUCAAAAUUGGGGAUUUUGGUCUUAUGCGUGCAAUCCCUCAAGAGGAUGAUUGUUAUGUGAUGACUGAACAUAAGAAAGUCCCUUUCCCAUGGUGUGCACCUGAGAGUCUGAAAACAAGACAAUUCAGCCAUGCAUCUGACACAUGGAUGUUUGGUGUUACUUUGUGGGAAAUGUUCACCUUUGGACAGGAACCAUGGAUUGGCCUUAAUGGAACACAAAUCCUACGUAAAAUAGACCGUGAAGGGGAGAGAUUACAUCAGCCUGAUUCUUGUCCUCCUGAAAUUUAUCGGCUUAUGUCACAGUGCUGGGCCAAAGCUCCAGCUGACAGGCCAACAUUUGCUGCAAUCCGUGAAUACUUAUCUAAAUCUUUACCUCCUAUCAUGAAAGCAAUUGGACGAUUUGAGGAAGUGGGUAAACUGACUGUGGAACCCCGGGACUCAAUCAUUAUUAUUGAAGGGCAAGCAGAUUGUUAUUGGUGGAAAGGGCAAAAUCAAAGAACAUUUGAUAUUGGCCAAUUUCCGAGAUGCAUAGUUGACCCAUUGCGGAAAAAGAUCAGUGAAGAUAUCAGUAGCCCCCUCCAGAACUCAUUCAUUCAUACUGGGCAUGGUGAUCCAUAUGGAAAGUCUUGGGGUAGUCCAGCAUUUAUUGAUGAAGUGUACCUUAGAAAUCCGAUGGAGCCUCCUGACGUUCUUGGCAUGCCAACAAAUACAGGUCAAUCGUCCAAGCUACCAGAUAGAAAAAAGAGGAAUUCAAGGCAGGCUGAGAAAAACCCAAAACCAUUUGCCUAUUCAAAGUUGAAUAGCAAUGAAGUAGCAAAGCGAAAUCACUUUGCUGUAGAAGCUGUGAUUUCCCCCCGCAGUUCUAAUAGUGGUAUGAGGGAGGGAGUGUUAGUAGACAUAUCUGCAGAGCAAAAUGGGGCCUCUGCAAAAUUGAGCAGUAGCUUAUUUCCUCAACCAAACCAUAUCAGUCAUAGUAAAAUGCCAGUUGGUGCUGGUAUUUCCAUUUUAGAUGAACCAAUUGAAAAUGGUACUCAGAAUGAGGAAUAUUGGGAAUCUUCCGAAGAGACCAUUCAAGAGAGACAGUACGCUAAUUAUCCAUCCCGAGAGGCUCCACCACCUCCAAUUCAGCUACAAGAAGCUCAGGGUGUUCUCAGAUCAGAGUCCCCAGAUCCCUUCGACACAUCUGGUGUUGUUUUUGGUUCCAGUCGCUAUUAUUCUGAUGUUGCAGAUUCACAAAAUACCUAUUUGAAUGUGGAUGAGGUUAGACAAGAAGCAGCCAAUCAAAUUCAGUGGCACCAAAGCGAAAGUGCUCGAAACCAUACAGAAGUACAUGCAACAGUACCUAGUCAGGUAGUUUCAACAGAGUCAAACAAAAUUCUAGAUCCCAAAUUUUUAGCUGAGCUGGAAAAGCAUUUAGGACGCAAAGAAGCCAGUGCAAACACUAAUAAUUUUAGCCCCGAGAGCUCAGUCCAGGAAAAUUUAAGCAGUAAGAAUACUAUACCUGCACUGAAACCUCCACCACAGUCAUCAAAACUCGCUCAGAAGAACUCUCAAGCAAAACCAUUGAAUGCAUCAAAUGUUGUUUCUCCUACCAUACCACCAACAAGCAUUUGGCCGUCCCCUGUUCAAUAUCGAACACACAGCUCCGGUGAUAGUGUCAGAGCAUCCCAUGUGCAGAGUGUCUGCCUACCUGCUACUGCUGGCUCCGUUUGGUCUUCUGCCGGUGCCGCUCAGACAUCAACAUCCACAUCAACAAUGAACCAAGAAAUAAACAAUUCUGUAAAACUUAUGAAGAAUAUGUGGUUAUCUGAUGCAAGUGCCAGUGAACCAAAUCCUCAGCGUGGUUCUGGUGUUCCUCUGCAUCGCCAGUCCUGGCAAGUAGAUUCCAUUCCACAGGGUUUGCCCCCAUCAUAUGUUGUGAAUGGUCAAACUAGUUUUGACCCGGCUGCAACAUUGAGUAACGCUCUUGUACCAGUGACACCGUUACUGCCUAUCCAGGCUACAAGUGCCCAAGCCUGGGCGGUUGGCUCACAGUCUGUAGUAUCUAGUCCUGGAGUGUAUCCGGCGCCUGUACCAGCCAUUCAAGGUGCAAGUGGUGCGGACAGUGUCACUGUGUACCUGCCUGUGAGUCAAGUGGACAGUGAAGAACACACUUGGAAUCUGAGUGUAGGAACAUCAGUCAGCAAUCAGGUACAACAACACCCGGUUUUCUACGGUAGUUUGCCUCUAGUCCCAGCAAGCCAGACUGGGUGGACAACUUUCAGCACUGUGGAUGGCAAUGGAAGCCAAGGCCAAGGCCAUCAACCAAAACCAAAGCACCCUCAAUCACUUCAGCAACAGCAGCGUGCCGCUGUCAAGUCAGCCUUGGAGGCACGAAAUCGUGCCUUGGCAGCUGGUUCCGGACAAUCCACUGCCGAUGUAGGUGCGGGAGGACCAUUGGUGCAAAAACAUUUGCACCCUACCCCUCAGCAAGUUUACAGCAUUGUGCCAGCUUCUCCUGCUUCCUCUCCUAGAAGCAGUGCCAAAGUGGAGGUGGGAGUGUCGGGCGAACUACGCGCAGACAAGGUGUCCCGCCUCCAAGAUGCAGUGGGCGACGCUCGCGAGGAAGAGUGUGUUGCCGCUCUUAACGCCACAGGCUGGGAAGUGGCCGCUGCAGCCAAGCGUAUAAAACUCGACAGACUAGACAGGCUGGGACUCGCCUCUCGACUCCAGUGUGAAGUGGCCUUAGAAAGGUCAAAAUGGAAUGUGGAGGAAGCAGCAUCUAAACUGUUGGAUGGUGUUUAGUCUCUUGUUUAAUGAACAGUAGUAACAUAUUUUCAAGUGGUCAUGAACUUCUCUCAUGCGUUGCUUGUACCAAACGCAAUUGUUGCUUAGCUAGAAGUUUUAAUUUAAUAAUUAUUUUUGGAUGAUUGAUGAAUGUGCGAGCGGUAUGUUGUUACUCUUGAUUUUGUAUGCAUUUAAGCUAUUCUCAGUGGUUCUCUGAUUGUUACUGUUUGUUUUGUCCCUUUUUAGUAUAAUUAGACCGAGUUUAGAGGAAUUAGUCAUGUAAAUCUGACUUUAUUUAUAUUCUUCAAUUAACUCAAAGCUUUUGUGGAAUUGUAUGAUUCUAAGAAGUGGAACUUGAUUAAUAUGUUUGUGCCAUUUAUGUUUGAAAGACAUACACUUUUAAACAAUCACCAUUGUCUGUGGUUCAUGAAUAAGGUUUUAAAAAAUCGGAGUAGUCCUCCUCUCUCUGAUCAUUUUUAUCCUACUUACUUUGAACAUUGGCACCUUUAUCAAAGAAUGCAAUUGUGUUACCUCAUUUAUCACUCUUUCAGUUUGAACAUUAAAUUGAGGUCAAUUUCAAAGUAAAAUUGUUCUCAAGGUUUUUCAAACGGCUUAUUGUGCCUAAUUGAAAACCUUUCCCAAUAAAAUAAUCAGAGGCUCCCUCAUUUCAUUCAUUGCAGCUGUCUUAUUCUAUCCUCACUGUAGAAUGUUAAAUGUGAUUCUUGUCUCACCUGACUCACAUGAGUCUUGUAUUUUUAGUGUAGUAUGUUGCAAAAGAAAUUAAUUCAGAUUUCUAUUUUCCUUUCAUAGGUAUCAGAAAAUUGUUCGUAAUUUUUCAUGAAUCACAUACGGUAAUGACUAAGGGCAGGUCCCUCAUUGAUAAUUGUUUGUGCCUUUAGAUAUUUUUUUCUGUGAGAUUUAGUUAGCAGCAGCAAAUGACUGAUUUGAAGUGAGUUUGUAUUUUUUUAAAUCUGAAAACAAUCUCGUACAAUAAUGAGGUUCUGUUGCUCCCUCUGUGUUGAUUCUAUCUUAUCCUCUCAUCUAGCUGAUAUUUUACGUCUGGAUCACAAGUCCACUUUUAAACUUGUUGAGAUAUUAAUCUAUCUUAAUUAUAAGUUCCUAUUUUUUAAGUGGCAGCUGCAGUAAACCUUUCUCUUUACUAGAAAGUAAACUUAUCUGAAGAUCAAAAUUGUUGCUCUCUGAGAUGGGGAAAAUUCCCUCGAUCAUAUUCCAACUCUGAAUAGGCAACCUUAUCAACUUUUGUGAUAUGGUUUCCCGUAGUUCUAUUAUCUUUGUAUUAUGUUUCUUCCUAGUUACAGUACAAACAAGGCAGUAUAAACUUACUCUUUAGUUUUUUCUUGAUAUUGUCAUAACUAGUUGCAUGUCAACAAAUCAUUUUAAAGAUUUAUGAGUCUACAUAUUACAUAUUCCAUUAUAAAUACAGUAUUACAAGUUGUGUUGGGUUUUCAUGGAGCCCUCUAGUUGUGUCAAAACUAAUUCUUCUGGCAAUUGGCCGUUUCUAUUGUCAUUUUUCCAAGGUGUUGCUUGAACUUCCAUUUAGAUUACAUUUUUGUGACUUGACUGUUUAUUUGGUUUUGAAGAUUUCCGGUAUUAAUGAUAUACCUUUUCUCCUUCAUUCUUUUUGUGCCAAACUGUGAUAUGUAUGUUGUUAAGCAGAGCUCUAUUUGGAAGCAGUAUUAUUCUAAGCUUCUUUCUCAGUUCUGCUUUUUGAUAUUGCACAAACUUCAUGUUAAAAUAUCUGUAGGCAUGAUUAAGUAUAUGAUUUAGUGUUUUAGAAUAUGUGCACACCAAAGUUUACGAUUGAGUACACUUGGCAAGUAUUUUCCUACUUAACUACAGAUUCACAAAUAAGCAAAUUAAUUCUGAGAUUGAAGGCUGUGAAUGUUGCAUUGUUGAGAGAUACUUUUCUAAGGCAGCUCAUUUUUCCUUUCUCAAUUUGCUACUACAGUAUUGUCUGUGCCACCUGUAGUCUACUAAAAGGCGUGUCAAAACAGAUAGACUGUUUGUACUGUACUUCCAAUUUUUAAAAACAAAAAAAUGCCCUUAUUUUGUAGGCGUUUUUUUGUUUUGUUUUUGUUUUUUUAAAUGGCCAUUUGAGUAGCCUAUCAGACUAACAUAAUUUAAUGUUUUCUUCUUAAGUGACAAAGUGAAUAUUUUGAAAGCAUGUUUCCUUUCUUCCCUUAGUAAAAUGCAUAUUGUGAUUUUUGUUUAAAGAGGAUCAUAGUUAAGUGGAGUGUGAAUUCUCGUUGAGUGAAGGGGCAUCCCUAUGCUCAGACCGAUUAAUAAACUACAUUUUAAAAGAA